AUGACACUUAAACUUGGUUUUGCUCGAAUACAUUCACCAGCACUGCAUACUUCUACAACUGAAAAGAGUUCUUUCCAACGCAAAAGUCACGUAUGCAAUUCAACAUGCAUUACAGAGGACAUAUAUGAUGCUGUCACGAGCAAUGCAUGUAGUUCAACUAUUAAUAUUAUUCGUUCACCAGGAAGCAAGCCUAAAGGAACAGAGAAGACGGCAGAGUGA